AAACUGGACCGAGCAAGUGAUCAUGUUUAAGCUCAAGCAACUCUCUUUUGAAAAUUCACUUUUCAGUUUUCACAAAUCCCCGUCUCAUUUUUUCCUUCUAUCACUAUUGAAUUUUCUAUUUUGCAACGUUCUAACACAACCCAUAUUAAUCAUCUUCGGUUCGGUCUGUUUCUAUAGUUCCUUUAGUUCGUCGCCAAUGGAGGCCCAACGGGUUCAAAGCCCACCUCUUCCAGAUUCUGGUAUUCUCUUUCUACAUAUGUAUAGCAAAUAGGAGUUAAAAUUUGAGAAUUUCAAGUUUUUUGUGGUUUGUUUAAUUAAUUUGAGCAUGUUCUUAAUUUUAGGUGGUGGUGCAAGUGGGACCCAGAAGAGGUCGGAGGAGAAGGGAGGGACGGUGAAGAUAGAAGAUGAGGAGGAGAAGAAGGAAGGAUCACCGUCGAUCAAGUUGGGCCUUGGGAUUGAUGGAAACAUGUCGGAGAAACCCGUGAUCGAACAUGGAAAGUGUGCGUUUACGACAACACAGUUGCAUGAGCUGCAAUUACAAGCUCUUAUCUUUAAGUACAUAGCGGGUGGAAUCCCAGUUCCUCUCAACCUUGUUAUGCCCAUUUGGAAAACCGUUGCUUCCUCCUUUGGCUCUGCUCAUGGCGGUAUUUAUGAACAGUAUCCAAGCUUUGUAGGAAUCAGUCCUCAAGGAUUUGAUUAUAGGAACAUGAUGGAUCCUGAGCCAGGGAGGUGUAGAAGAACAGAUGGGAAGAAAUGGAGGUGCGGUAAGAAUGUGAUUCCUGAUCAGAAGUACUGUGAGCAGCACAUGCAUAGGGGUUGUCGGCGUUCAAGAAAGCCUGUGGAACCUUCUCAAAUUACUUUGCCUGAUACAACGCUACUAAAAAGUUCAAAUAAAGAAUCAGAAAACUCAAAAAACCAUUCAACUCCUGUAAGUGUUCUUCACAUGAAGCCAACUUAUUGUAAGACCAGCACCAGCCAUGAGACCGCUGCUAUGGAUAGCAACAAUGUAUGCAGCAAUAGAAACUCCAUUUCUAUCAAUGCCACCACUAGUAGUACCAUCAUCGUCGCAACAAACAACGGCAUCAAAAAUAAUAGCAAAAGGAACAAAAGCUCCCCAAAUACUAGUGAGAGGGGUGAAGAUAAACUCUCUGUUAGCAACAAUAAUAUGAUCAUCAGAAGCAGCAAGGCUGGAAACAAAGCCGCUGUUGGUAAUAGUAUAUCUCUCGGUGUUGGCUUUUCUCCAAAAAGCGUUCUUCAGGUGCUAGGCUGCAGCAGUUCCUGUGUUCACAAAAAUGAGAUAGGACUUGAACCAGGGAGGUGUAGGAGAACAGAUGGGAAGAGAUGGCGAUGCAGCAGGGAUGUUAUUCCUGAUCAGAAAUAUUGUGCCCGGCACAUGCACAGAGGCGCAAGAAAGCAAGUGGAGGUUUCUCAGCCUGUUGCCAUUCCCUCUAUCGGUGAUUGUCCACCUAGUAGAUCAACAAUAGCCAACAAAGCAGCUUGUGGAGUCCUUAGCACAAGCCUUUCUAUGUCAAUUCCAAGUCCUGGGCUCAUUACACAAGAUGAAAAGAGUAUGAGCAGCAGCAGUGAGACUACCAUCAGUGACACCACCAUCACUGCGUUCGAGAAUGGUAACUUCUCUUGAUGUGAUCUUAUUUGGAAGGUUAAACUUUUAUGAGUUUGGAUCCAACUUUUAUGCCAACUUGAGAUGAUUCAGGUGUUUCUUCAUAAGACAAAACGAGAAUAUUAGGUGUCAUUCUGCAGUGAUCUAUACUCAUGAAGUUGGGGGAAGAUGGGAAAUUUUUUGAUGUGAUAUCUGAAAUCAUUCUCAUGUACCAAUUGACUGGCCAAUUGUUGAAUUGAAAAUCUUGUUAAGAAAAGAAAGGGUGCCUCAUUUUGCGUUUCAGUUUGGGCAAAAACAGAUGAGUUCCUUCAUAUCUGGCCUUGUAAUAGGUUUAUUGAUAUCACACCAAUGUACUUAAUUUCCCUGUUAGAAGAUUUCUAUAUGCUAUCUUUUACUGCAGUUGCCAUUACUUACAAUGAAUCUAAGAGUUUGUAGUGUUUCUUGCGUC